ACACCCAUUUCACCGAAAUCAGCCCCCGAAACCCCGAGUCGGUGCCUUUUGGAAAAUAUCGGUUUGAUUGCACGAGUAAGACUGACUCCCUGCUUUAAACCUCUUUUUUUAAAAAUUUGUGUGUGCGUGUUUAUGUGUGUGUGUGUGUGUGUCUGUGUGCGUGUGUGUAGGCUACGGCGACCAGGUUGGUUUGCGGCUCCACGUCGCCUCCACUCAUCGCUUUCAUAGCGCGGAUGAAGAGGAUUUUGUAAAAUUACGCGUUCCGGCUGAUUCUUGUAUAGAGCUAAUUUAUUUCUGUCCGGGGUCCUGGAUUUACACAGAGGAGGAGCGGGGAGCCGAUCAUCCGUCGUUCUCUUGGUACCAGGGAGCACGUGACCCCGGAGAUGAACAAGCUUCGUCAGAGCCUGAGGAGGAAGAAGCCCACGUAUGUGCCAGAGGCCAGCAGACCACAUCAGUGGCAGGCUGACGAGGAGGCUGUACGCAAGGGCAAAUGCAACUUUGCUGUUCGGUACCUGGGGUUGGUGGAGGUGGAAGAGUCGAGAGGGAUGCAUGUAUGCGAGGAGGCAGUGAAGAAGCUAAAAAUUAGCGGGAAGAAGACAGUAAAAGCAGUAUUGUGGGUUUCAGCUGAUGGACUCAGGGUGGUAGAUGACAAAACCAAGGACCUCAUUGUGGACCAGACCAUAGAGAAGGUUUCCUUCUGUGCUCCGGAUCGUAACUAUGACAAGGCCUUCUCCUACAUCUGCAGAGAUGGGACUACAAGACGGUGGAUGUGCCACUGCUUCAUGGCCCUAAAAGACUCAGGAGAGAGACUGAGCCAUGCAGUGGGUUGUGCCUUUGCCGCCUGCCUGGAGAGGAAGCAGCGCAGGGAGAAGGAGUGUGGUGUGACGGCUUCCUUUGAUGCUAGUCGCACCUCAUUUGUGCGUGAGGGCUCCUUCCGCACCAAUUCUUCCUGCAGCCAGCAGGGCAGCAGCAGUGAGCGAGAUGAGAAGCUGCAGGAGAAGAAGAAAGAUCAGCCCUCUGUCAUGCCAGCCCUCCCACCUGGCACCGCCUCCCCACCCGAGGGUGCGGCGUCCCCUAUGGAGCGACCAGAACCAGGCGGGCCUCAUGCCAUCCCCCGCCGCCACGCGCCCAUUGAGCAGCUGGUGCGUCAAGGCUCAUUCCGAGGAUUUCCAGCCCUCAGCCAGAAGAAUUCUCCCUUCAAGAGGCAGCUGUCACUCCGUCUCAAUGAUCUGCCAUCCACACUACAACGCAAGACAGAUUUCGAGACCACGAACCCUGAGAUGGACAUGGGAUUGCCUGGUGAGGGAGAUAGUAGUAUAAAUGCCCUGUGUUGCCAGAUUAACACCUCCUUCACCAAGCCAUCGGACGAGCUCUUCUCCAACCCUUCUAUGUCUGCAAAUGGCCCGCCAACCUGCACCGCACCCCCCGUUCUGCCUCCACCACCUGCACCAAUGCAGGCCACCUCCUCCUGGGUACAGACGGAACCUCCACUCCACUCUCCUCCUCCGGUUUCUGUGGCAAUGCAAAUGCAGAGCGGCCACAAACGCACGCCAUCCGAAGCUGAAAGAUGGCUAGAGGAAGUCUCCAAGGCUGUGAAGGCCCAACAGACGCCUCCUCCCGGCCCCACCAUCCCCACUAUUCCCGGACCACCCUCCAUGUCCAGUCAUCAGAUCUCCAGUCAGUCAGUCAUGUCAGCUGCCCCAGUAUCCACUGUCCCCAUGUCCAAACCUCUCAUUUCCGGCCCCUCUGCUCUUUCAGGUCAGGCCCAGAUGCCCCUCCCACCAAUGUCAAUAUCGUCAGUUCCACUAAUACCUGGCCCACCAGUUUCAGGUCCUCCUAUGUCGCUUCCUUCCAUGUCCAUUCCUACCAUGUCAGGUCCAAGCAUGUCUGGAGCCCCCAUGAUCCAGCCCUCCCUCCCAGGACCCCCAGGCUCACUUCCAAGCUCCAUGCAACCGUUCCCUUUGGCUUUCGAUACCACUCCAGCCCCUGUGGGAAUGUUUGCCAGCCAGCCUGUCCAACCUGCUUUUGUGCCCAUGCAGACCUACAUGCCAGGCCUAGCAAGCAGUAUGACCUAUCCCAAUGCCAGUGUGCCCGUGGUAGGCAUCACACCGUCGCAAAUGGUGGCCAACGUCUUCUGCACUGCCACAGGUUCAUCAGGCACAGGCAGUGCUAUGGGCUCGGCCGGAGGAGGACCCAAGGUGGGGACGCUUGGAACAGUCGGGCAACCCCAUUCCUAUGCAGGCCCACCUAGUGCAGUUGGGCACACUGCAGGUUUUUCCACACCUCCAUUUUCAUCCACUCCACCAUUAUCAACAGCCAUUAAUGGCCUCCAACCACACAGCAGUACCACAGUGGCCCUCCAAAAUGGGACCUCAAGCACUAGUGGAAAUGGUGGCACUAGUAGCAGCUGGCCACCAGAGGGUAGCCAGCUAACAGCUCCAGUGGUUGAUUCCCAAGAGGAUGACCGUUUUGAAGCCAAGUGGGCAGCCCUGGAGACAAAACCAGCAGCUCAGCAGCCUGGGAACAAGGCGCCAGCUGCAACAGCCAACCCGUUUUCCAACAAUCUGCAAAAGACUUUUGAGAUUGAGCUCUAAGCCAGACCUGGCCUCCCAAAGCUGUAGCACUCAUCCUGGUGUUAAAGCCUGGGGACGCCAGGCACUAAUUCCAGCAUCUUUGCUUAGAAUGGGAUGCAGGUCCUUACAGUUAGCCUAAUAUCCAACCUGUGGCAGCCUAGCAACUUGUUAAAUGCUCUGUUCGGAGCCUGCAGUGAUCUUACUUGCUUCCUUCAUGCUCCAAUGAGUGACAGAGAGUAACUUAGCAGUUUGCUGGACUGUAAUAUGAGGAUCAGGUCUCUAGCUCCUUCCACUCCACCCACUACAUGCCUCUCCUCCCUGCUUUCUCUUACCAUUUUUGGCUUUACUUUACCUGCUCUAAGUCCCUGGAUGUACUGCACGUGUGCCCUUCAAGUACAGUAUUGAGGGGGAUGCAGUUUAGUACUUUCUUUCUUGAAAAGGGGACUUCAAUCAGAUGCAUUCCAAUCCCGUGAGAUGUUUUUUGGCCGUUUUGCUUGAUUUUGGUGGAGACUUUAGUUACAUGACAAGAUAUGGGGAGAAGCAGAGAAGUGAUUUGUUGACUGAUGAACAGACUGAUGCUGAUCAUAGCCAAGCACAGCAGACGAUCAGAUACCUGAAAGGACUAGUCAAUGACGUGAGACUCAACCCUACAAAUCCAAGAGGAGUUACUGACCAAUAGUAGAGAUUUAUGGCCAAAAGUAUUUUAUUUAUUGUAUUUUAUUUUUUAUUUUAACAGGUUAUGUGUACUUAAAGAUCUAAAUCUUAAAUCCGUGUUUCGGGAGCAUGUUGUUUUUUUAAUCCCCUAUAUUUAUUUUUGUUGAAUCGAUAAAGAGUAGGGAACCAAGCUCGAUGGAGCAGUAGCUGAAGGAAAGCACUGUGGGAAAUUGAAUCAUGUAACAGGAACCAAAUAGCCAGGAACAUACAGGAAUGUGACAUGUUGAGACCAGUGUAUAUAGCGGCAUGUUUCUUCCACCCGUUAGCCCUCAAAUAAAUAUGCUCCACUGCUGCUGCUGAGGCCAGUUGAGUCUGUAUGGCUUCACUUUGGCAUUAUAGCCCAUUUCUGUUGCUAAUGCCUAGUUUAAAGGGCACUGGGACUUGAAAAAUCUCUUCAGGAUAUCCAGCACACAGACACUCUGGACAAUACAGCACAACAGUCCUUCGGACUCCAUCUGCACCGGACAAACCCAAGGAACUCUAAUAACUCAGUGGAUUAAAAAAAGGAAAACUUUGCAACACUGUGCAACUGGUUGGGGGAAAAAAAAUGAUGCACUACAUUCUAACUUUCACAAGUCCUUUUAUGUGUUCAAACACAGGGUAAAUUCUCAUCAUGUACAGUAUGAUUGUGUAUUCACCUCUACUGUACCGCUGUGAUGCAGUGGUGCUACACUGACAACUGAUUUCCAGACCAUAGGAGAAGAGAAACAUGAGCAGAUAUCAAUUUAGGGAUAAAAAACAAAACAAAACAAAACAGCACUGAACUUUUCUGAUGUAGAAAAAUCAGUGACAGCAAAGAUUCAAUUGACAGGUUACCAGAGGAAAAAAAAUGUAGACGUGGAGAGGAAAGAUGAAGGAUAAGCUGCAUGUGAGAGGAUGGAGCUACUGUGUACCUUUAAAGAAUGGGAUGGAGGAAGUCUGAAGGAAGGAAAAUAAGAUGUGAAAAAACAGAGAUAAAAGCGAGAGGCAGAUUGUGUGAAAAUAUCUAGAACAAAGACACAUUCAUCACCCACGAAGCAAGAACUGUCUGCUGUCUUUUUGUUCCUCAAGGCCAAGCCGCUUUCAUUUCAGCAUCCUAUUCCUCAACUCCUAAAACCUCAAAAAAAAAAACUCACACACAACAACACUUUUUAUCAUGUGGAUUUAUGAAAACAAUGUUGUUAUAUAAUUGCAGCCUCAUAAACAGCAUUUUUGUUAAACUAUGUGCAACUCCUUAUACAGUUAAAACCCCAACAAAGACUUCAGUGUUUAGACUCGCCUUCAGUGGUUUCCAAAAAGAUGCAAACUUACUAAAAGUUGAAGCAGAAAUGUGUAACGAAGGGCUUUAUUUCUGUAUGUUAUAUAAGCUACAAUCUGACCACAGAUGCUCCUGUUAUGUUCCUUAGGAACUGAAUUGUGUUUGGAUAUAUGGACUGCCACUGAUUAGAUUUCCUGCUCAUUAACUCCCUACAGCUUAAUUAGCUUAUUUGGUCUCUUCCUGUGGCUGGCUUUUCAGAGAGCCUAAAUUUACAUGCCACCGGCCUAAUUUACACCACCUCGGUUCCUCCCAGGUUUCACCCCUUUGUUUUCAGAUGAACUUCCCCACAGAACAAAUCCAAACUGCUCUCUCUGCCUCCCUCUCUCUACAAAACAAAUCCGAUUCCCUCAUGAGAUCAGUGCUUUUAUUUUGUUUGAAAAUCUUUUUUUUCUCUUUUUUUUUGCCCUCAACUCUUGUUUGCACGCCCCCCCCCCCCCC